AUGGGCCUCUCGUCCUUUCUUGGGCCUGGGCCGCUCAGACUACAGGCUGUUUGCGUUCAGUCAACACUUCAAUUUUAUAGGCCUGUGGAGCCAAAGAUUACAAGACUUUUGAACUCCAGGCUGCCUUCUGUCUGGCUACACCCUCUGUUGCCGGAGCCCAAAUCUUUUUUAACAACUCUACAAAAACAAGCAAUGUUGGCUUUGAUGCUGGAAGCCAUGCAGCCACCAGAGACUGCUGCCCCAGUGGACACGGGAGCAACAGUGAGGAACUUGGAAAACCCGGGCAUACGGGCACUUCCUCGUUAGAUCGCCAUCCACAGUCAGCAGCGUAACAUCGGAGAGUAUUUCGUGGUGGAUUUUUAUGCACCAACAUAUAUUGAAAGUAAAACGGAACGUUUUUCUCAAAACAUUGAUGUGAUUAGACCUAAUAUUGUAAAACAUCUGCUAACCCAGGAAGUCAAAGAGUAUGAAGGGAUUUUCCCUGUUCCACUUGAAGGAAAACUAUAUCCCAAGAGGAAGAAGUAA